GUCGGCGAAAUUUGACACGCCAGCACAGAGAAGAAAAAAAACCACUUCCAGAAAAAAAAAAUAACCGAAUCAAACACGUCCCCCAGGAGGCCAGAAAUAUAGCGAGGAAGGAAGGGGAUAGCGGCGAGGGGACGAACAAGCGGCCGCGCAGAAAUGGCGUCGAUGCAGAGCUGGCGCAAGGCCUACGGCGCCAUCAAGGACACCACCACCGUCAGCCUCGCCAACCUCAACUCCGACUUCAAGGAUCUGGAUGUGGCGAUCGUGAAGGCGACUAACCACGUGGAGUGCCCGCCCAAGGAGCGCCACCUGCGCAAAGUUGUCGCGGCGACAUCCAUCGCCAGGCCACGGGCGGAUGUUGCCUACUGCAUCCACGCUCUUGCCCGCCGUCUUGCCAAGACCCGCAACUGGAUUGUUGCUUUGAAAACACUUGUAGUGAUCCAUAGACUUCUUCGCGAGGGCGAUCCUACAUUUCGAGAAGAGCUUCUUAACUUUACACAAAGGGGACGGAUUCUACAACUUUCAAACUUUAAGGAUGAUUCCAGCCCAAUUGCUUGGGAUUGUUCUGCUUGGGUUCGCACAUAUGGGUUGUUUUUGGAGGAAAGGUUGGAAUGCUUCAGAGUUCUGAAGUAUGAUGUCGAAGCUGAGCGUUUGUCCAAACAGGGUCAAGGUCCUGAAAAGGGACACAGUAGAACUAGAGAGUUGGAUUCACAGGAUCUAUUGGAGCAACUGCCAGCGUUGCAGCAGUUAUUAUACCGACUUGUGGGAUGCCGGCCUGAAGGAGCUGCAAAUAACAACUACUUGGUGCAAUAUGCUCUAGCUUUGGUGCUAAAAGAAAGCUUCAAAAUUUAUUGUGCGAUAAAUGAUGGAAUUAUCAACCUUGUUGAUAAGUUUUUUGAGAUGCCAAGACAUGAAGCACAUAAAGCUCUUGAAAUCUACAGAAGGGCUGGUCAGCAGGCUGGGAAUCUAUCAGAGUUCUAUGAGAAUUGCCGGGGUUUGGAGCUUGCGAGGAAUUUUCAGUUUCCCACUCUGAGGGAGCCACCACAAACAUUUCUUGCAACUAUGGAGGAGUAUGUGAAGGAGGCUCCGCGUAUGGUUCCAGUUCGAGAACCCCUGGAACUUCCUGAGAGGCUUCUUCUUACGUACAAACCUGAGGAGUCGGAGGAAAUUCCUGAGCCUGCUCCUGUAGAAGAGGAAAAGGCACCAGUUGAAGAACCUGAUCCGGUACCACCUGUUACCGAAGUUGUUUCACCUCCUCCCAAGACCGAGAUGCCUGAUACUGGUGAUUUGCUGGGCUUAAAUGAUCCAAGCCCUGCUGUAUCAGCAAUAGAGGAAAGCAAUGCUCUUGCCUUGGCUAUUGUUCCAACAGAGGGUACUUCAACAACUGGUAGCACUGCGUUUCAAGACAAGGGGUUUGAUCCAACAGGAUGGGAGCUCGCCCUUGUUACCGCUCCGAGCAACACAACUUCAUCUGCUUCUAGUAGUCAAUUGGGUGGUGGAUUCGACAAGCUCAUCUUGGACAGCCUUUAUGAUGACGGGGCUUACAGGCAGAGACAACAGCAACAGCUAUAUGGUUCAGCAGCGCCUAAUCCAUUCAUGACAAAUGAUCCUUUUGCAAUGUCCAACCAAGUCGCACCCCCACCAUCAGUUCAAAUGGCUGCCAUGUCUCAACAGCAUCAGCAGAUCCCAACGGUGAUGCAACCGAAUCCCUUCGGACCACCAAUGCAACCGCAGAUGGGCAUGGUCCCUGCAACAAACAAUCCUUUUCUGGAUGCUGGCUUCGGGCCAUUCCCAGUGGCGAACAACGGGCAUCAGCAACAUAACCCAUUCGGCGGCGCCCAACUUCUGUAGGCCAUAGUUACAUGAGCAAAUUUGUGCCCCAGCAAAUGCGAUUUUUGUGUGAUUAUAUCAUGCAUUCUGCUUGGCCAUUCUUGUAUGCGACCCCUGUAUUAUGUGUUGGCUUCACCACACGGGGCUGCUGAGUUACCCGAUCCUUGUUGUAAAGAAAUUAGUAACCGGUGUAACACCAAGUAUAUGUCAAUAAACAGUAGGACGUGGUUAUAAUUAUAACAAAAAACAAAAGAGGGGUGUACCAACUGACUGCCAAUCUCGUACAUGCCUUGUGGUUGCCCACCAUGUGCUCGGUUGAAUAUUCCAAGCCUAGAAUUGCGGUGUGUUAUUGUAUAGCUA